CAACUUCCUUACUCUGAUGAAAUUAGUUUCACAGGCUGUUCAUGAUGGUGGUAGACAUGUUCUUGGGUUUGGCCCCUACCAUCCCCAUCUUUUAAUGAAAUAAUGCAUGUACUCAGGGAUGUGAUCAAAAAAUCUAUCAGGUAGAAGUUUAAUUAUCAAUGGCAGAUUCAUCAACAAUACCAGCAGGAUUGACAAGGGAAGAAUUUCAAGUAUUAGAACCAGUAAUUAACGAAUAUCACAGUACAUACACAGAGGGAGCUGGGAAAUGUUCAUCAAUUCUAUCACAACGUAUAAACGCACCAUUAGCCACUGUCUGGAAAGUUGUUCGUCGCUUUGAUAAACCACAAAUUUACAAACAUUUCAUCAAGAGUUGUAAUCUUAAACAAGACGAUUCAUCAUCAUCCUCACCAAAUUCAAAUACUCUUAGCGUUGGAUGUUUAAGAGAAGUCAACGUUAUUUCAGGAUUACCAGCUGAAACAAGCACUGAGAGGCUAGAUAUACUCGAUGAUGACAGACAUGUUACUGGUUUUAGUAUCAUUGGUGGUGAACAUAGGUUGAGAAAUUACAGAUCUAUUACUACUGUCAAUGAAUUUAAUGAUCAGAAUAAGAAGAAGAUCUGGACGGUUGUUUUAGAAUCAUAUGCGGUUGAUGUGCCUGAAGGUAAUACUGAUGAAGAUACAAGGAUGUUUGCUGAUACUGUUGUUAGAUUGAAUCUACAGAAAUUAGCUUCUUUGACUGAAGGUAUUGCGCGUGAUGGUGAUGUUGAAGAACAAGACGGUGGUCAUUAACCAAAAAAAGGUGAUGCCAUUUACUUUACUUUGUUUUUAUUUUUUUAUUUUUUUUUCAGUUGAUGUGGAGUUACAGUCAGAUAGAUACCUUUGAUGGUGAUUAUGUGGUGGAAUAGACAGGCUGCUUUAAAGAAAAUGAAGUUAUCUUGAGAUGCCAUUACCGGCCCCCUGGUUGGGUUUGGGGCAAGGAGGACUCAAUUUCAAGUUGUAAUUGUGCUUUUGUGAUUGCAAGAAAUGAAGUUAUCUUGUUGAGUAAUUUUCACACAUGAAAUGAAAAUUUUUUUUGGAUAA